CAAUCAUAGAAGGAAUAAAAAAAUAAUUCUAUGGAUUCAACACAUGUUCUGUGGCUUUUACACAUCAUUGUAAUCUGUGUUUCAGUUUUCGUUCUACUUCAAAAAUAGAAUAAAAAACAAUUUAAGGAUAUACGGGCGGUCAGCUCUUUGUGUAUUAGCAAUAUGUCUCUGAGCAUAUCUUCUCGGCUCAAACUUCCCAAAAAAAUGGAACUGAUGAAAUCGCAAAGUCAGGCACAGCUGUUGGCAAACAAGCUGAGAAAUGAUGGUGUUAUGAGCACAGUGGAGAGCGUCAUGCAAGCUGUUGAUCAACUUGCAGCAUUAUUGUCCUCGAACCAAAAUGACCCAAAUAUAUCAUAUAGGGAGAGCAUCAUAAAUUUGUGUCAACAUUUAAAAGUAUAUGGUGCUUAUUUAGAAAUGUUGUACACUGAUCAACUGAAUCACGCUUUCAAUGUGUUCAGGGACAAAGCUCAAGAAGACACAAGAGUUGACCAACUGUCACGAUUACACUUGCUGGAACUGAUAGAACUCAGGGCUAAAGGAUGGAAGGGCACAGAGGGGAUGAACCAGUACUAUAGAAAAAGAGUGAAUCAAUUUUCACAGAACGACUCAAUGAUCGAGUCUACAAAUAGUUUGGCAGACUCCUUGAAUUCCCUUCCUCUCUCUUCAUCUUCCCCGAUGUUGAAUCCAGGGGAGGUCCUCAAAUCUUCUGGAAAAUUCUCAAAACCUACCAGAAUCCCGGGCAAAAAGUAUUGCAAGGAUGAAGUGGUGAUCAGGAAUGCAGAUUCUGGAAAAGUGAUGGGUAUCAAAGGAAGAAGGGUACAUAUGAUAGAGGAGCUUAGUGAAACUAUCAUUUCCUUUCAAAGAGUCAGUCCAGGUGCAAAAGAACGACUGGUCCAAAUCACUGGAGCUAAUGAAGAAAGCAUCUGUCUCGCGAAACAAAUAAUGGAAGAUACCAUCCGUCGAAACGCCUCUCCGGUGAGAGAACACGGCAUGAGUGUCGGUGGUCCAUUGACCGGUUCCAGUUCGAGCAUCAACUCUUCCGCUUCCGAUGAUAGCGCCUUACCUUCAUCUGCCAGGGCGUCCAGGGCCCUGAUGCACAGUUUGAGCGUAAACGACGCCACCAUCGGAGAGUACAAGUAUACGGUCGUCGUGGGUAAUCACACCAUCAGAAUAAUGGGAGACAACUUGGAAUUGGUUAGAACCAGUAAAUUGGUUCUAGACGAAUUCUUCUCGGGGGAACCGGUCAACGACGUGACCCAAUUUUAUAGUUUCGAUUCCUUACCGCAAAGCGGCGCUUCCACCAACGAUCUGACGGAAGUUCCGCUCUCUCCUCCCGCAUCUCCCCCUCCUCCAAUCCUGAACGAACCGAAGGAACAGCCGGACGAAACAGGUAUCGAGUUGAAAUUGAGAAAACCCCGCGUAUCUAUAGAAGAAAUCUUGCAAGGGAAAACGAUGUCGGUUGAAACGACCUCGAAAAAAGAGAAUCGAUUGGUGUACUCGAUCGAAUAUUUGGCCACUCUGGCCAUGUCGCCGAUAUGCCUGGGACCUCCACAGGACUGGGAAAGGAUCUCCAACGAUUAUCCGGCGCUGGUUAGGGAGGUCAUUGAAUAUUUCAACGCUAAGCAAUAUCUGAAUGACCGAAAAAACGAAGCUAAAUGUAACGACGACGUAUUGGACAACGGAGAAGUAUGAUUAGACUUGGUCAGUACUCCAUCUUUUCCGUUAUUAUUUAAAUAUAAAUUUUUCUUUUUUUGUAAUCCUAGUAACGCUCAACCCUUGAACAAGUUUAUUCCAUAAACAACCAUUUAAUCCUCAGAAUACUGGACUUUAGUUAAUGUAAAAUGUUGCUUUUCGAUGCUAAUUAGUGUGAUCUUAGGUCACAUCAUCACUUCUGACUGACCUUAUUAAUUGAAACUUUGUAGUCGUUUAACUAUGUGAUAUGAAAGACACGGUGCUAACAUACAUUUUGAUCACGACCAAUCAUGUUAGUCCGUCUCAGAUUGAAAACAUUUGUUGUUGUUUAUGAAAAAUAUAUAUACCUAUGCAUGCAAUACUUUAGUUAUUAUAACUGAAGAAAUAAUAUGGUUGUGAUUGAAAUCAAAUAAUCUCUUUGAAAUGUGCAUAUAACUAUUUUUCUUUUUGAGUGAUAUUAAAUAUUUUUGACGAAAAAUGUAUUUUAGGAUCUAUUAUCUUUAGUCUCUUUGAAACUGUGACAGUUGUUUCAUCUUGAAAAUUCUAACCAUGUUACUUGUAAUAUUACCAGAAAAUUUCUAUUAUGUUUUUUUUUUGUUAAUGUGAAAACCCACAUCCUGUCGUGACAAAUUUGGAUGUUUUAAGUUUUGUUGAUUUUUCUAAUUUAUGCUUUAUUUAUUGGCUUUAAAUAAUUAUAAUACAUUACUUUGUUUUCUACUGUGUUAAAUAAAUUUUUUUAUUUGUGA